ACGGGAGGAGGCGCUGAGGGGACAGUGCGGCCAGGACGGCGCCGAUCUCUUAACCGAGCGCCACGCCGGAAAGCAGAGUGCCGCCCUCGGAGGGGACCCUGAAACCUUUGGGGGCGCUCUGAGAACGCCCCGGGCUGCCCACGCGUGUAAACCGCAAACCCGUGUGUCUGCGAGGGCAUGCACCCAUACCUGCUGUGACUUUUGGCUGCGUGUAGUUGAAGAGGCCAAACGUACCUGCCGUACCUGUGAGAACACAGUCCUCCGUGGUCCUAAGUUACAGGGACUGCCAAUGCCUCUCCCUGCGGGACUUCAGAUACUGUGUUCCCUACUUCUUCAGAACUAGAGGCACAUGACUGACACCCAAGCUCAUCCUCUUCUGAGUGUGUCAAGGGCCGUGGACUCCAGUCCUCUUGACUGGGGCACAGUUAAGGUGCCCGAUGGAGACUGCUUGCUGCUAACUGUGGAGCCACUGGAGUAUUACAGGAGAUUUCUGAAAGAAAACUGCCGUCCUGAUGGAAGAGAACUUGGUGAAUUCAGAACCACAACUGUCAACAUAGGUUCCAUCAGUACGGCGGACGGUUCUGCUCUCGUGAAGCUGGGGAACACCACAGUCAUUUGUGGAGUAAAAGCAGAAUUUGCAGCGCCACCACUAGAUGCCCCUGAUAAAGGAUAUAUUGUCCCUAACGUGGAUCUGCCACCGCUGUGUUCAUCGAGGUUUCGGACUGGACCUCCUGGAGAAGAGGCCCAGGUGACCAGCCAGUUCAUUGCAGAUGUCAUUGAAAACUCACAGAUAAUUAAGAAAGAGGACUUAUGCAUUUCUCCAGGCAAGCUGGCUUGGGUUCUGUACUGUGACCUUAUCUGCCUAGACUACGAUGGAAAUAUUUUGGAUGCCUGCACAUUUGCUUUGUUAGCCGCUUUAAAAAAUGUACAGUUGCCUGAAGUUACUAUAAACGAAGAAACUGCUUUAGCAGAAGCUAAUUUAAAGAAGAAAAGUUAUUUGAAUGUUAGAACAAACCCAGUUGCAACUUCCUUUGCUGUGUUUGAUGACACUUUGCUGAUAGUUGAUCCUACUGGAGAGGAGGAACACCUAUCAACAGGAACCUUAACGAUAGUAAUGGAUGAGGAAGGCAAGCUGUGUUGUCUUCACAAGCCAGGUGGGAGUGGACUUACUGGAGCUAAACUUCAGGACUGCAUGAGUCGAGCAGUUACGAGACACAAAGAAGUGAACAAGCUACUAGAUGAAGUAAUUCAGAGUAUGAAACACAAAUGAACAGCCACCACGAUUGCAAAACAGCUGUAAAAACUGUAUUUGUUACACUGUGCAGGUUUUUUAUACUAAAUAAAUACCAACUACAUUCCUUUGAAAGAUA